GAGCGGAGCGCGCUCCCGGCGGACGCGGCGGCGGCGCCCGGCGCCAGGGGCCGGGAUGGGCAGUCACCAGUCUUCCCAGGUCUGUGGCGCGGCCCCCGGGCUCGGACCCCCGUCCCCCACGCAGAAAUGAGCGGACAGCCCCCGAGAGCGGCCUCUCCGGGGCUCUGGGGCGCCUGCCCCGCGCCCCCCGCUCCACGCAGGAAGUGCGAGCCCGCCCGCGGUGCCCGCCGCGCGCCGGCCCCCACAGGGCCUCUGCCGCAGACAUGGAGAAACUCAGUGCGCUGCAGGAGCAGAAGGGCGAGCUGCGCAAGCGGCUGUCCUACACCACGCACAAACUGGAGAGGCUCGAGACCGAGUUCGACUCCACCCGCCACUACUUGGAGAUUGAGCUGCGGCGCGCGCAGGAGGAGCUGGAGAAAGUCACAGAGAAGCUGCGCAGGAUUCAGAGCAACUACCUGGCACUGCAGCGGAUCAACCAGGAGCUGGAGGAGAAGCUGUACCGCAUGGGCCAGCACUACGAGGAGGAGAAGCGCGCCCUGAGCCAUGAGAUUGUCGCUCUCAACAGCCACCUGUUGGAGGCCAAGGUGACCAUCGACAAGCUAUCAGAGGACAACGAGCUCUGUAGAAAGGACUGCAAUCUAGCUGCCCAGCUGCUGCAGUGCAGCCAGACCUACGGCAGGGUCCAUAAAGUGUCUGAGCUGCCGUCCGACUUCCAGGAGCGCCUGAGCCUGCACUUGGAGAAGCAUGGCUGUAGCCUGCCCACCCCGCUCUGCCACCCGGCCUAUGCCGACAGCGUGCCCACCUGCGUCAUCGCCAAGGUGCUGGAGAAGCCCGACCCUGGCAGCCUGUCCUCCCGUCUGUCAGAUGCCUCCGCCCGUGACCUGGCCUUCCGCGAUGGCGCCCAGCAGCCUGGCCCCCGGCCCCCGUACAAGGGUGACACCUACUGCAGCGACACGGCCCUCUACUGCCCCGAGGAGCGGCGAUGCGACCGGCGGCCCAGCGUGGGUGCGCCCGUGACCGACGUGGGCUUCCUGCGCCCCCAAAACUCCACCGACAGCGCGGCUGAGGAGGAGGAGGAAGCGGAGGCAACAGCCUUCCCCCCGGGGUUCCGGCGCGAGGCCUUUGCAGCCUACGCGGGUUCACUGCCCACGUCUAGCUCCUACUCCAGUUUCAGCGCCACGUCGGAGGAGAAGGAGCACGCACAGGCCAGCACGCUGACCGCCUCGCAGCAGGCCAUCUACCUGAACAGCCGCGACGAGCUCUUCGACCGCAAGCCGCCGGCCACUGCUGCCUACGAGGGCAGCCCUCGCUUCGCCAAGGCCACGGCUGCCGUCGCGGCCCCGCUCGAGGCCGAGGUGGCCCCUGGCUUCGGGCGGACCGUGUCACCCUACCCGGCCGAGUCCUUCCGCUUCCCGGCCUCGCCAGGUCCCCAGCAGGCCCUGAUGCCCCCAAACCUGUGGAGCCUGCGGGCCAAGCCGGGGGCCGCGCGGCUCUCCCGGGAGGAUGUCCGGGGCCAGUGGCGGCCCCUGAGCGUGGAGGACAUCGGUGCCUACUCCUACCCGGCUGGCACCGCGGGCCGCGUCUCGCCCUGCAGCUUCUCGGAACGCUACUACGGCGGGGGUGGCGGCAGCGGCGGCAGCCCCAGCGAAAAGGCCGAGGGCCGCGCCAGCCCCCUCUAUGCCAGCUACAAGGCUGACAGCUUCUCUGAGGGGGACGACCUCUCCCAGGGCCACCUGGCCGAGCCCUGCUUCCUGAGGGCUGCCGGUGACCGGAGCCUCAGCCCUGGCCGCGCCGCAGACCCCCUCCCAGGCUAUGCCCCCAGCGAGGGGGACGGCGACAGGCUCGGGGUGCAGCUCUGUGGGGCUGUCAGCAGCCCCGAGCCCGAGCCUGGCUCCAGGGACUCCUUGGAGCCCAGCUCCAUGGAGGCCUCCCCCGAGAUGCACCCAGCUGCCCGCCUCAGCCCCCAGCAGGCCUUCCCGCGGACUGGUGGCUCGGGGCUGAGCCGCAAGGACAGCCUCACGAAGGCCCAGCUCUACGGCACCCUGCUCAACUGAGCACCUGUGGACACCGUGGGGCCGCCCGCCCUGCCACACCCACCUCUGUGGGGUCCAACCCGGGGGUGGAAGGCACGCCUCGCCACCCAGCCCCCAUGCUCCCCCAGCCCCUGACCCCACCUCCUCCGUGGAACUCCCAUCUGGAGCAGCCCUCCCCACCACCAUUCCCUCCCCAUCUGAGAGGAGUGUCCCCCUUUUAUAAAGUGAAACUAUUUUUAUAGAGAAAAAGGGUCUUUUCUCAGCGCACUCGCCUCCAGCUCCCUGAAUGGCAACCGCGGCGUUUCCCAUUCAAAGCUCCUUUAUUUUGCGGGGUGAGGGUGUGCGCGGGGCGGGGAGGGGGAGGGUGCUGACCUGCAGCGCCCAAGCUCCCGAUGUGGGAGAUGGGAGACCCCUCCCUAGCAAACCAGCAACUGGGGAACCCUUUCUGUGCUCAAAGGGGAACUAGAGCCGAUCCGGGGAUAGGAACUGUUGUCUGACUCUGUCUCUCCACAUGGCCACUCCUCCCCACCCGAGCCUUUGGUGGCCCGCGCCCGGGCAGGGGCGGGGCUGAGUCCCAGAGGGCCGGUGCUCCCUGUGCCCUCCCAGCGCCCCUUCCCCACACCGCCUCUACCUCAGACGUGUGAGGCCCCGCCCCAUCCCGCAGCUUGCAGUCCUGUCAGGUGCAUGCCAUGUCCGUUACUACUGUG